AUGCUCUAUCAAAUGCUGCCCACGGUAGUCACGAGCCGCCUUCCAACACUCCCUUCACUCCGAAAGUCGCUCAACGAGGUGCGCAACCGCGGUUUACACAGCAAAUCUAGCUCCUUGUCGGUUGCAUCCGAGCCAACGACACCCCCUCCAGGUUAUUCUACACGGCCUGGCAGCAGCAGUGCAACACCUAAUCACUUCUCACUUGGCUUCACAGAAACUGAGUUCGACUUCUCCGACGAUGCGUCAGAGCAAUCGAGCCUGUCAGGAAGCGCUCCAGUUCCCAUGCUGGGUGCGCACGAGACGGCUACUGGGAUCAACUGGAAAUAUGCUAGUCAAGGUGGGUUUGUACACGGACGUGAUCUGGCUGCAAGCGUACUCACCGAAUUCAGGCAGGAAUCUAAUCACUCAGGCGCAGCGCGAAUCGAACAUGCUUCUCCAAGAUAUCGACGAGAUAUCGGCGUCCCUCACGCGACAGCUAUACAUACAUGGCAUUACCUAUUUGUUGCGAGGAUUGCCGCCGGAGCUGACACAAGAAGAGAUAGUGAGUCUCCAUGCUGCUCUUCCAACAGCUUUGGCGGACAAGGGUGCUAUGGUGGAAGAGUAUGCUUGGGCACCGGCGAGCCAGCGAGCCACGAAAGUGCAGACUAUACCAUCUCCACAAGACCAAACCAUACUCCAACGCAUCAUUGCCGCCGUCAUCUUUCACACCUUUGCUAUUCUACAAUUCCUUCUACCCUAUAUCGGACUCCUCAUCUCGUCAGCUUACCAGUUUGA